AUGCCGUUCGCUUACCUCGAAUUGCUUCAUGAACAGGAACAAAAACAGUCUUCGAGCGAUCCAGUGGAGGGUCAUCUUGAGAAGAAGGAAAAUAACAUAGUUUGUCUAUUUCGGGUUGACCCAAGUUUCCGAACUACUGGCUUGCUGGGCAAGUGUGCACAUCCACUCCCCAACCAACCAACUGAGCAGGCAGCAGCGGCAGCGACAGCGGCAGCGACAGCGGCAGCGGCAGCCAAACACAUUGUCAGCUCAACUUACAUUGGUAUUCAAUUCAAAUCUGAAGAUUUUGGAUACACCGAGGGCGAACAACUCCUGCGAUUCGCUCAGAGCAUUCUGAAUGAACAGAUCCUGCGAAGCCAGCAGCAGCAGCAACCAACCCAGUGCACGAUAACAGAUAUGCCAGACGAAAUCAUCGCACAGAUUGCCCACUUCUGUGAACUCCAUGACCGUGUCUGCCUUGCUCUAUCGAACAAACACUUGGCAGAGUCAAUAUCGUGGCUGGAUACCUGUCCAGCUGGUGGACUGUCAAUUACAGCGAAGUGGUCGCCGGCAGCAGCUGUCUACGAGCGCCAGAGUUUGCUGAAGCGCCUCAACUAUCACCAGUCAUCACCACGCGUUCGGUACUGUGGAAAGUGCAAGAUGCUUCGCCCUACUGACCCGGCUUUCUGGCGGGAAGAAUGGGAGCAACUCAGGUUAGCUUACCAAACAUCUCUCUCCAAAGUGAUAUGUAGCUUGUCAGUAAUCGCCUUGCAAACAGUCGCCGCUCAUGACAAACCUGAGAGGAUUCUGCUAGCAUGGCAGGAGGACAUUCCCGCGCUGGAGGGCAGCACCGUGGUAAACUGUCCUACAUGUGUGGCACACCAGAACAGUCCUUAUCGUGGAUGGGCAUGGGGAAAAGAACCAGCAGAGCCUGCGCGUCUAUUCAACUACAACACAGAACUCUUUGAUGCAACUAUGCAGCACCCAACAGCUCUAUAG